AUGUCUGUACAAGGUGAUUUAAGUCCCCGUACUGAAUCGAAAAUCCGCGGGAUGGAUGAGCAAAUACUCCAGAUUGAAGGUGUGGCACAGGUGGCCGAUUGGGCUAUACAGGAGUUAUUGGAUGCGCGUUCGUACUUGCACCAACAGUCUGCAGAACGGAAAGCCGAGCGAUACCGAGAAGCUCGACAGAAGCUGCUGAAUGCAAUGCUGGAAAAACUACCCCGCGAGCUCCGAGACAUGAUCUACCUGGAGCUGUACCAAGAUAGUCAGGACGAACCAUUCGAGAUCGUGGACAAUAGUACCAUACAUCCACACGAUAACUCGCAUGAAUUCGAGCCUAUCGUCAAAGCCUAUGAGACUCCGUACUGGAUGAUAGAGGACGAGGUUGGAUAUGAGUUUGCAAAAGAAGCGGUAGAGACCUGGUACAAGCACGUAUCUCUUUCGGUCGACGUAAAACUUCUGCCACAGCUCUUGCAAGACGAAGAUGGAGUGCUGUAUAACAAUGGAGCACCGUCCGUUCCCACACAUAAGUUCCUCAGGAAGCUGCAAGUCGUCAUUGGGCCCGCGUCAACAUCGGACUCCUACUCCGGCAGACCAGGAGGUCGAGCAGUCCACAUCCAACAAACAUGUCAAUCGCUCUCUGCUUUGUCGACGGAGGCGAGCGUCGCGCGAAAGAAGGAUUUUGAGCUGCACAUCGCCUUCCGAUGGGUUUCGGUCUAUGAACGUCUAAGCUACAUCGAUGCGGUAUGCCCGGUGGUCUACGGCUUGAAGGCUCAGGGCUUCAUGGUGACGAGUAGCCAAUCUAUCGGAAGACGGAUGGUUCGGAUAUGUGAUGAAGAGGUCUGUAUGUGCAACGGCCGGAGGAUUGGAGAGAUGGUAUGGGCACAUACCAUGGAAGAGGAUUGGUUCAACCGCUCUCAAGAGGAGUGCAUGAAGAGGAUCCUGGACGCGAAAGUGGAGCCCGACGAUAGCUGGUGA